AUGAAUCCGAUUGUCAGAAAGACGACUAAAAUCGAAUGGAAAUUUGAGAAUUGUAAAGAAUUGGAUGAAAAUGGAAAAUAUAGCGAUGAUUUUGAGAUUGACGGGUUGAAAUGGUGAGUUUUUGAAGAGAUUUUUGAAAAAAAAAACGAUUUUUUGCAGGAGAAUCUAUAUUAGGACAUGUAUUGUCGAUGGAAAAACACGCAUUUCCGCGUGUCUGCGCAAUGCAAAAGAGACUUCAAAUUGGUUGGCGGAAAUCAUUCGCGACUUCACUUUUUGUUUUUCAUUUUUAAAAUUGAGCACGGUUGAGGAAAAUGCACCGAGUUUGUGCUCGAAGAAUUCGGAUGGCAGCUCGAUGGAAAUGAGUUUUUUCAAAGAAGACAAGAAUUUCGUGACCGUCGUGUGCAGUUUCAGUUAUAAAUUUUAUGAUUUCUCGAAAAACCCGGCGAUUUUCUCGGAUGCUGUUAUUAAGAUUGGAAAUGACGAGUUGCAUAUCAACAAAAUUGUGAGCUUUUUCGGAUUUUUGUCCAAAACUGCUUCAAUUUGCUGGUUUUUACUGGUUUUCGACCCGCUGAUCACGAUUCCUUCGUCUAAAACUGCAGAACUCAACUCCUAACAAGAGUUAUGACGGGGCAAAGUUGGAAAGUUGCGAAAAACAAAAACCAGUGCAGAGCUGAAUGAACGACAACGUCAUUAUUUCGUCAUUCGCGUGCGGCUAUGCGUCGCGGUCGAGGAAAAAAUGGAUUAUUGAUUGUUUCUCGACCGCGACGCACAGCCGCACGCGACUGAAAGAAGUAAUGACUUUGUCGUUCACUCAGCUUUGCACUGGUUUUUAUUUUUUACGGCUGCCACAAUCCUAUGCUAUCAGAUUUUCCCAAAGUCGCAAUUUCCCAACUUUGCCACGUCAUAACUCAUGUUAGAAGUUGAGCUUUGCAAUUUCAGACGAAGGAAUCGAGUCGAAAACUAUUAGAAAACAUAAAUUUCAUUGAAAAUUUUCAAAUUUUCAGUAUUAUUGUGAGGUUUCCAAGUUCUUCAACGAACAUUUUGUCAAAAACAACAACACAGAAAUCACAAUCAAUGAUGUGAAAUCAGAUGAUAUGAUGAUUGUAUUGGCUGCAUUAUUACCCGAUCCCAUUCAAAUUACCGGUAAGUAAUCUUUUUUUUUUUUGGAAACUAUUUCUGAAUUUCACAGAAUCAAACUACAAUAUUCUGCUAAACUUGUCGGAAAAAUUCGAAAUCGAUGUAUUGAAGGAGAAAUGCGAGACAUUCUUCAAAGAUGUUUUUUGUCCGGAAUUUCUGCGGCAAAUUAAAAGUGUUCAGAAGGAAUUCGACGCUUUUACACCGAAAAAACGCAGACUAUGGAAGCCUUUAGAACCCAUUCAGCUACUUGUAAGUUGUUCAAACUUACUUUUAAGAUAAGUAAACCCAUGUUUCAGGAUGAAUUAAUUGCAAAAUUGAAGCGCGGAGACGAGUUCAAAGUGCUUUUCAAGCAAGAAGCCUUCAAUAAACUCCCGGAAACCACAAAAUUCCACUUAUACAAAGCGUCCACCCAAUUUCUUUAA